CCUGAGACAAAGACAUGAUCUGAUCAGUUGGGAUCAAAGUCUAAAUCUAUAUUGCAAUUACUUCUUUUCAUGAGACCAACAAUCCUCAUGAUAUAGGAGAGGCAUAAAAACAAAUACCAGGCUCCUCUUUGCAUGGUGGACUGGCUCCUCCUCCUCCUCCUCCUCCUCCUCCUGUCACAGUCGAAUGGUGGCAACGUGAAAGACUGACAGCUCCUCAUCUGUGAGCCUCAUGACCCUCUGGCUUCUCACAUCGUGCCCUCUGGCGCCACAGCUCUGACACCUGGAAGGGAGCCUCUCCGUCUCGUUUCCCCCUCAGCCAGAGACGAGCAUCAGAAGAUGUCCAACGCUUUCUGUGUCGUGGAGUCGCUGUUUGGAUCAGCGGCAGGACAACAAGAAUGUGGCUCCUGCUACCUGGUGAGCAUGGAGUCGGUACUGGGCAUUAUCGCCUCUGAUAUCAUCUUGACCAUCUUCAUCUCCAUCUCCGUGUUUUGCUUCGCCACUCACCACAGAAGGAGGAGUGAACGGGAUUCACACGAUGGCAAAAGAAAUCUGUCAUCAUCCGUUUCAAAGAAAGCAGCCACAGAAGUCACGGAAUCUCCCUAUCAGGAGCUACAUGGAGUCCAGUCAGACGUAUACAGUGAACUUCGACACUUUAGGAAAUGAAAGUUUAAAAGGGAACUGAUGGCAGCAGGGAAAUGGCAACAAUCUCUAAAAGGAACCACAUUAACAAUCUUUUGAUUUGCUACCUAUGUAAACUAUUUUGUAUUUGAAAUAAGAGUGAAAUGUAUCAUAUUCUGUACUAACUUUAAGUGUGUUGUGUGUCCGCUGUGAACUAUGAAUUCAUGUUUUUAAUUUAAUGUAAAUUAAACUGCACCU